AUGAAAGAUAUUUAUUCUAUAAAUUGUCUCCGGUUGAAGUUGAUGGAGAAAGAGAAAAUGGAGUAUUUUAGUGGUAUCUUAACCUCAGUGUUAUUAUUAGUAUUAUGUGUUGUGGUGACCGCCGAUGAUCCUCUAGUUCCGGCGUUAUGUUUCUUCGGCGACUCCGUAAUGGACGCCGGAAACAACAAUUACCUCACCACUUUGCUCAGAGCCGACUUCCUUCCUUAUGGAAGAGACUUCGUAACUCAUAAGCCUACCGGCAGAUUCUGCAAUGGAAAACUAGCCGCCGAUUACACCGCUGAAUACCUAGGAUUCAGCACAUACCCACCUCCUUACCUGAGCCGAGCCGACGUAACGACUCUCUUGACCGGCGCCAACUUUGCUUCUGCUGGUUCUGGUUAUUUUGACAUGACAGCACAAUUAUACCAAGCAAUAUCGUUACCACGACAACUAUCGUAUUACAAGGACUGGCAGAGUCGAGUGGUGACUAUGGUCGGAAGCGAUAAAGCUAACACUAUUUUUUCUGGUGGAAUUCACAUUUUAAGCGCCGGAAGUAGUGAUUUCCUUCAAAAUUACUACGUCAACCCCUUUCUGAACCGACUCUAUACACCUGCACAGUUCUCAAACCUUCUUAUGAAGUCAUAUUACAGCUUUGUGCAGAAUCUUUACAGGUUAGGAGUAAGAAGGAUCGGUGUAACAUCCCUACCACCGGCCGGAUGUUUGCCGGCGGCCAUCACUAUAUUUGGUUUUGGAAAAAACAAGUGUAUGCGGGAAUUAAAUGACGAUGCUGUGUUAUUUAACAACAAGCUAAACGCAACAUCUCAUAAACUAGUGAAGAAAUAUCCGGACCUCAAACUUGUGGUUUUCGAUAUAUAUCAGCCUCUUCUUGAGAUGAUCAUCAAGCCGACUGACAAGGGUUUUUGCGAGUCGAGAAGGGGUUGUUGCGGCACAGGGACACUUGAGACCUCAUUAUUUUGCAACAUGAGGUCUAUUGGUACAUGUUCAAAUGCAACAGGGUAUGUGUUUUGGGAUGGAUACCAUCCAUCUGAAGCUGCCAACCAAAUCUUGGCUCAAAGUCUACUUGCACAAGGAAUCCCCUUGAUUUCUUGA